AUGGCCGGCGGACAAUACAACCUAAACGGCGGCCAAUACGGUCCUCCAAUCUACCCUCCGCAGAAAACCUACAACAGUCAUGGCCGACGCGGCGCCGACGUUGGUUGCGGCAUCUGUCGCUGCUGCUGCAGUAGCCUCCUUUGCUGCGGCGGUUGCCUCUUAAGCCUCAUCUGCAACAUCCUCUUUGGUCUAGCCGUUUUCCUCGGAAUCGCCGCUUUGAUCCUCUGGUUUAUCUUCCGACCUAACGUCGUGAAAUUCCAAGUCACGGAAGCCAAUCUAACGCGGUUCCAUCUCGAUCCGCAAACCAAUAACCUCCACUACAACCUCUCGUUGAAUUUCUCCGUCCGUAACCCUAACCGCCGCCUAGGGAUCCACUACGAUCAGUUAGAGGCGAGAGGUUUCUACGGUGACCGGCGUUUCGCCGCCGUGAGCAUGCCGUCGUUAUAUCAGGGUCAUAAAAACACGACGGAGGUCGGAACAGAGUUUAACGGACAAAGCCUGGUUUUGUUGGGCUCCGGUGGCCGGAAGGAUCUCAGGGAGGAUCACAAGUCCGGGAUAUACAGGAUUGACGUGAAGCUAAGAUCCAAGAUUAGAUUCAAGUAUGGGUUUUUAAACUCAUGGACCUUUGGGCCCAAGAUUAAGUGUCAUCUCAAGGUUCCGUUGAGUUCCUCUAAUUCUGCCGGAGGGUUCCAGUUUCAUUCUACCAAGUGCCACGUUGACCUCUGA